UUUGAUUCUUUAUUCUUCGAUCCAUUUGGGAAUUCUCUUAUUAGUGCAGGUUUUUUAGAGCAAUGACCUCGCAACACGGUAAAAAGGAGCAGUCUGAGAGACAUCCUAAAAUAGUGGUAGAAGAAGUUGACGAAAAUUCUGAAGACGUGUUGAGGACAAAGCCUAAUGAGCAAGUAACUGCCACAGUUGAAGAACCACAGGAAGUAAUAGAACAACGUUCCCAUAAUGACUGGACUGACCCAGCAGAAGACGAAAGCCAUCAAGUGGAAAUACUUCAGAGGAAAAAAAGACGAGACUCAACAAUAAGGCAACCCUUUUCAGAGAAUAGUUCUGCGGGACGUUGCAAAAAGUUGCGUAGUAGAGAAAGUAGCUUUUUUAUGGGAGAACCAUUUGGACAGUUGGAGUCUUUUUUUGGUGGUUUUGGUCCGUUAUGGAAGGGUUUUGAUUCGUUUGACUCAUUGUUAUCUGGAAUGAGUCCUUUGGGCAGUGGUGGUGAUCUUUUUGGUGACGAUAUCUGGGGAAGUGAUAACGUUCAGAUGUACAGUUAUUCUUCUUAUCAGUCUAUUGGUCCAGAUGGUCGACUACGGGAGCAGAAGACCAGUUCCAAGCGCGUAGGUGACUUGAAAGAGACCACACGUAUGGAGCGGGAUACGCAAGAGGGAAAAGAGGAAGUUUCAUAUAGCAGAGAGAAGGGUGACCGCGGAAAGGAAGCAAGACAAAGAAGAGACAAAAGUGGCAAAAUAUUCAAAGAGGACAAAUAUUAUAAUAUGACUCCAGAGGAAGCUGAACAGUUUGAGCAAGAGUGGAAGACAUUUGCUGGAAAUAACCAUAGGAACUUGAGUCGCUCACGUGACGGACGUGCUUUAGGUUAUCGACCCAAUAAAAUGGAAUAGACUUUGACAGCCAAACUUUGCUAUAGAAAGAAAGCAAACAAACUGGAGAUGCAUUUGUGAAGUUUGAAUGUGUUUUCAUUGCAAUCAUGGCAUUAUGAUAGAUUCAGUUGAGCAGCAUUCUGAAUGUUUUUG